AUGCAACAACUGUGGGGUCGUAGGACAUUUUGCAAAGUCGAAAUUUUGCAAAGCUGGAGAGUUGAAAUCUCAUGCUGUGCGUGGACGAGGAUAACGGAAGAGUCAGCAGAUAAGGACAGUGGGGUGACCCAUUUAUUUUCUGUAGAUGAGGAGAUUAGGCAACUCAGGGAGACUCCUAUGUGUCAGGCGAUAGUCGGGGGAAAGAGUUUUUCGUUUAUUAUUGAUUCCGGGGCAGCGGCGAAUAUUGUCUCAAGUAAGCUUUACGAGGAAAUUAAGAGUAAUGUUUCGCUUAAGAAAAUCAGCAAGAAAUUGUAUGCCUUUGGUCAAGAGGACGCGCUUAAGCUGAAAGGCGAAUUUGAAGCGGAAGUUAGUAUCUGUAGCCGGAAAUAUGUUGCAACAUUUUAUGUUUUUGAUGGCAAUGCAUCAGUUAGCAAUUUGAUUAGUCAUAAUACUGCUAAGAAGCUACAAUUAUUGCAUGUAAAUUCAGUUUCAGAACAAGAACAGCAAUGUAACACUAGCCUAGGUUCGGAAAUGAAGUCUAAAUUUCCAGAGUGCUUUUCAGGGGUGGGCAAACUAAAGGGAAAUAAGGUUAAGUUACACAUUGACGAUAAGGUGGAACCGGUUGCUCAGCCAGUAAGACGAUUGCCAUUCGGUUAUCGAGACAAAGUGGCGGAUCUUCUGAAAAGACUACAAGAGGAAGACAUAAUCGAACCAGUGGAAGGUGUAGCAUCGAGAUGGGUAAGCCCUAUUGUGGUAAUUCCUAAGGAAAAAGUGGAAAUUAGGAUGUGCAUUGAUUUGAGGAAGUUUAACCAGGCAGUUUUGCGUGAAAGGUAUCCGAUUCCGACUAUGCAGGAAAUGCUAGUUGAGCUUAAUGGUGCUACAGUUUUCUCAAAGUUAGACCUUAAGCAAGGAUUUUUUCAGUUAGAAUUAGAGGAGGAAUCGCGAGACGUAACCACUUUCAUAACCUAUGUAGGAUUAUUUCGCAUGCAGAGGUUAGGUAUGGGAAUUUGCGGUGCACCAGAGGUAUUUCAGUAUACAGUGCAGAAGGUGUUAGUUGGAUUGCCAGGAGUGUUAAACUUGGCAGAUGACAUAAUGGUAUUUGGUAAAGAUCAGGCUGAACACAAGAAAAGACUAACUAAUGUUAUGAAAAGAUUAUCAGAGAGCGGGUUAACCCUUAAUCCGGAGAAGUGUCGGUUUGGUUUAUCUUCGAUUACGUUUUUAGGACACGUAAUUUCUGACAAAGGGAUAGCUGCAGACCCAGGCAAAGUGGAGUCCAUAGUCAAGGCUAGAGCGCCAGUUAAUGUAACAGAGCUACGUAGAUUCUUAGGCUUAGUUCAGUAUGUAGGCAGGCCAGGCGAGUCUAAUAUUGCCGACCCGAUGUCUAGGUUGAGCUGCAGAGGCAAUGUAGAGAUUCCUGUAGGAGAUGAUACUAGGGAGUAUAUUUCUAUGAUUGUUCAGGAGGCAGUGCCGGAAGCUAUGUCAUGGCAGGAAAUCAAGGCCAGUUCAGAUGAAUGUGAGGUUGUACAAGUAGUCAAGGAAGCAUUUAGGACAGGAAGAUAG